CCCGCGCAGGUGCGGCCGAGCCGGGCCCCCCGGCCCCCCGCUCCCCCCGCGCAGGUGCGGCCGAGCCGGGCCCCCCCUCCCCCCGCCCCCCGUCGGCCGCGGGGCGCGCCUCUCCCGCGGGGAGCGUCCGGAGCCCGCCGUCGGGCGGCCCGCGAGAACCGUCCCCGCGGGGCCGAGCGAGAAUGUGGAGCGGCCGCCCCUCCGCGGACCAGAGCUUCCGCCAUCUCCUGUCGUGCUUCAGGGCGCGGGUGAAAACGUACAUCCAGGUGGAGCCGGUCCUGGACUACCUGAACUUCCUGCCCGAGGAGGUGAAGGAGCAGAUUCAGAGGAAGGCGGCCAACGCCGGGAACCUGCAGGCGGCCGAGCUGCUGCUGAGCACCCUGGAGGAGGGAGCCUGGCCCCCCGGCUGGGCCCGCCAGUUCCUGGUGGCCCUGGAGAGCGCGGGCAGCGUCUUGGCCUCGCGCUACCUGAACCCCGAGCUCGCCGACCUGCCCUCCGCGUCCGCCGAGAACGCCCACGACCAGUGUCUCCAGCUGCUGAACCUCCUGCAGCCCACGCUGGUGGACAGGCUUCUGGUUAAAGACGUCCUGGACAAGUGCGUGGAGAAGAAGCUGCUGACCGAUGAAGACAGAAACCGGAUCUCUGCUGCUGAAAACAAUGGAAAUCAAUCAGGUGUAAGAGAGCUUCUGAAAAGGAUCGUGCAGAAAGAAAACUGGUUUUCUUUAUUUCUGACUGUUCUGAAUCAAACGGAGAACUAUGCCCUUGUCCAAGAGCUAACAGGCACAACUUGCUUUGAAAGCAAAGAAGGGACUGAGAAUUUAUCACAAGAAGAUGGCCCUGAAGUUAAAGCGGCAGCUCUUUUAGCUGUGAGUCAGCCAAGUCCAGAGAAAGAGGGCUGGGACAUGGAGAAUAAUUCACUGGAAUCAUCUUUGCUGGAUUCUUCUGUAGUUUCAGAAUCAGACACAAGUUUGGCAGAAGGAAGUGUCAGCUGCUUAGAUGAAAGUCUUGGACAUAACAGCAACAUGGGCAGUGAUUCAGGCACCAUGGGAAGUGAUUCAGAUGAAGAGAAUGUGGCAGAAAGAGCAUCCCCUGAGCCAGAACUGCAUCUCAGGCCUUACCAAAUGGAAGUCACCCAACCAGCCUUGGAGGGGAAAAAUAUCAUUAUAUGCCUCCCUACAGGGAGUGGGAAAACCAGAGUGGCUGUUUACAUUGCCAAGGAUCACUUGGACAAGAAGAAAAAAGCAUCUGAACCUGGAAAAGUCAUAGUCCUUGUCCAUAAGGUACCACUAGUUGAACAGCUCUUCCGCAAAGAGUUUGAACCAUUUUUGAAGAAAUGGUAUCAUACUAUUGGAUUAAGUGGUGAUACCCAAUUGAAAAUAUCAUUUCCAGAAGUUGUCAAAACCUAUGAUGUUAUCAUCAGUACAGCUCAAAUCCUUGAAAACUCCCUUUUAAACUCAGAAAAAGGAGAAGAUGAUGGUGUCCAAUUUUCAGACUUUACCCUUAUCAUCAUUGACGAAUGUCAUCACACGAACAAAGAAGCAGUCUAUAAUAACAUCAUGAGACGUUACUUGAAACAGAAGUUGAAAAAUAAUAAACUCAAGAAAGAAUACAAACCAGUGAUUCCUCUACCUCAGAUACUAGGACUAACAGCUUCACCAGGUGUUGGAGUAGCCAAAAGGCAAGCUGAAGCCCAGCAACACAUUUUAAAAAUAUGUGCCAAUCUCGAUGCAUGUACCAUUAUAACUGUGAAAGAAAAUAUCAAUCAACUCAAAAGCCAAAUGAAAGAGCCAUGUAAAAAGUUUGCAAUCGCAGAUGACACCAGAGAAGAUCCAUUUAAAGAUAAACUUUUAGAAAUAAUGAACAAGAUUCAAAGUUUUUGCCAAAUGAGUCCAAUGUCAGAUUUUGGAACUCAACCCUAUGAACAAUGGACCAUUCAAAUGGAAAAAAAAGCUGCACGAGAAGGAAAUCGAAAAGACCGUGUUUGUGCAGAGCAUUUGAAGAAGUACAAUGAGGCCCUACAAAUUAAUGAUACAAUUCGAACGAUUGAUGCAUAUAAUCACCUUGAAGCUUUCUAUAAUGAUGAGACAGAGAAGAAGUUUGCAGUCCAAGAAGGUGAUAGUGAUGAGAGUGGUGAGGAUGGUGACGGUGAUGGUGAUGAAGCUGAGGAUGAUGAAAAGAGACCUUUGAGACUGGAUAGGACAGAUAGAUUUCUCAUGGAGUUAUUUUGGGAAAACAAGAGAAUGUUGAAAAAGCUGGCUCAAAACCCAAAACAUGAAAAUGAAAAGCUGGUCAAAUUAAGAAACACCAUAAUGGAACAAUUUACAAGGACUGAGGAACCGGCCCGAGGAAUAAUUUUCACAAAAACACGACAGAGUGCAUUUGCCCUUUCCCAGUGGAUUACUGAAAAUAAAAAAUUUGCAGAGGUAGGAGUCAAAGCCCAUCAUCUAAUUGGAGCUGGACACAGCAGUGAGUUCAAGCCCAUGACACAGAAUGAACAAAAAGAAGUCAUUAGUAAAUUCCGCACAGGAAAAAUAAAUCUGCUUAUCGCUACCACAGUGGCAGAAGAAGGUCUGGAUAUUAAAGAAUGUAAUAUCGUCAUCCGUUAUGGUCUCGUCACUAAUGAAAUAGCCAUGGUCCAGGCCCGUGGUCGAGCCAGAGCUGAUGAGAGCACCUACGUCCUGGUUGCCCACAGUAACUCAGGGGUUAUCGAACGUGAGAUAGUUAAUGAUUUCCGAGAGAAAAUGAUGUAUAAAGCUAUAGACCAUGUUCAAAAUAUGAAUCCAGAGGAGUAUGCUCGUAAGAUUUUGGAACUACAGAUGCAAAGUAUCAUGGAAAAGAAAAUGAAAAUCAAGAGAAGUGUUGCAAAGUGUUACAAGGAAAACCCAUCAUUAAUAAAUUUCCUUUGCAAAAACUGCAGUGUCCUAGCCUGCUCUGGGGAAGAUAUCCACGUUAUUGAGAAGAUGCACCAUGUCAACAUGACACCAGUAUUCAAGGAACUCUACAUUGUGAGAGAAAACAAAGCACUACGAAAGAAGUUUAUAGACUAUCAAACAAAUGGCGAGAUCAUCUGCAAAAUGUGUGGCCAAGCCUGGGGAACGAUGAUGGUGCACAAGGGCUUAGAUUUGCCUUGUCUCAAAAUAAAGAAUUUUGUAGUGAUUUUCAAAAAUAAUACAUCAAAGAAACAAUACAAAAAGUGGGUAGAAUUACCUAUCGCGUUUCCCGAUCUUGACUACUCAGAAUACUGUUUGUUUAGUGAUGAGGAUUGACAUUUGAUUUGAGAGCCUUUAAAGAUAUCAUCAACUUAACAUUUGCUAUGAUCCUGAUUAAUGUUUUUACUAUACUCCAGGACUGAUAUAAUAAAAUCAUUGCUUUACUCUGUGUUGAGCAGCAUAGAGGAAGAUCAUAUAAUAUGCUUUCAAGUAUCUAUCUUGUAGGUGGACAGGGGUAAAGGACACCCACUGGUAAUACUCAUUAGUGUGGAGCGUUAUGGUGCACAGGGAAUGCUGGGCUGUGAAUGAGCACCCAGGAGUAUCACUAUCAGUCCUGUCACCAAUCUGCAAAAUAAAAUUAACCAAAUCAGUUCAUCUUUCUGAACCAGUGUCCUUCUUGGCGAAAUGGCUAUGGUGUUAUUUACCUUUGCUUGCUUUUAUUAGUUUCCUAUUGAUACGUAACAAAUUACCACAAACUUAGUGGCUUAAAACAACAGCCCUUUAUUAUUGCACAUGUUCUGGAGGUCCACUAGUUGUCCACUGGAGAUCACUCUGAGCACUAGGCCUGCGCUCACCAUGUGGCCUGCUCACAGGGCUUUUUUUUUUUUUUUUUUUUUAAGAUUUUAUUUAUUUAUUCAUGAGAGACACAGACAGAGAGAGAGAGGCAGAGACACAGGCAGAGGGAGAGGCAGACUCCAUGCAGGGACUCGAUCCCAGGUCUCCAGGAUCACACCCUGGGCUGAAGGCGGUGCUGCACCGCUGAGCCACCCGGGCUGCUCACAGGGCCUUUUAUAGCAAAGCUAUUUGCUUCUUCAAAGCCAGCAGGAUGAUCUCUCUUGUGCGCUAAGAUAAAAUCUUAACUGCAACCACAGGAGUGAUCAUCUCAUUAUAUUUAUAGGUCCUGCCCACUCUCAAAGUGAGGGGACAUUGAGGGCAUAGACACCAGCAGGCAGAAAUUGUGGAGGUCAUCUUAGAAUUCUACUUCUCACAUCGCUUCUCCAGCUUUUGUAAGUGAUAUAUGUGUACAUAUUGUGUACAUACAUACGAAAGCUCUUUGAAAAAUAUGAAGCACCCUAAAAGGGAAGGUAUUAUGAAGAAGCAGCAACAGGUAGGUUAAGGCUUAUUUUUUAGCUUUCCCUCCAUGAACAUAACACUAUGCUCAAGGAAGAUUACCUGGGGCGAUGGAGAUGUCUAGGGCUCACACAGGAUUUAGCAGGUAACACAUGUUGGAUGUUACUAGAGAACAACAACAACAAAAUAUAUCCAUCUCCACCUGUCCCUAACCCCAGGUAGAAGGGAAACCUCUCUGUGACUAUGACAUUUUCAGUGUUUCUGAACCCAGUAUGACCAUUUGGAGAUGGACACAGGUCCCAACCUGGGAACAUUCUCCCAGGAGACAGGUAGCCUCUUUUUAGCUUGAAAAGCCACAUGAUUGACACAGAGCCACAAUUGACCAUUUUAACCCACACUUAUUCAGAUGAUCUGCUACAUGGAAGGUGUUACCUCUUACACAAGGAGAAAAAGUAUGUUGGAGGAAGUUAAAAUUCUUUCGUGGUUUUGAUGGGUUCAUUAAAUUCAGUCUAACAUUAGCUUUUGUUGAUAAGAACCAAGCAAAGGUGAAUAUUAACCAAUCAGAGCUCUUGGAAUGCAAGAGGACAAAAGAAGAUUGCGAUUUUCUUAAAAUACUUUUAAAAACUCCAGCUGAUUCCAUUUAAAGUAUUGCUGUCUUCUAGAACACUUUGGAAAGUAUGCAGAAAACCAAAUGCAUAAAAUAGCUAAAUGUACUACUGUAACAUAUGUAGACUGUUUUUGAGGUGUCAACAAAUAUCAGGUUUUUUCAUCUGUGUUUUCCAGAAUUUUUUUCAAUAAAGAAGUG